UCGCACGUUUAAACGUUAAGAGCUAAAACGUAAUAUUUACGAUUUAAAAUAUUUCUAUACGUUUCAUUUGCAAUGAAUUUAUUAAAAUGUUCCGUCAGUUGCCGGUCACUAGUGCGUUUGGUACACGAGAACUCAGAUCCGGAAUAUCCUCAGUAUACAAGCUUUUUAUCGAGGCUGAAAACAUUCGAUUCACACGUGCCUCGAUCGCGUCAAGAUAAAUAUUCGCUGGCUGAAUGCGGAUUCACUUACACCGGAACAGGUGACUUGGUUCAAUGUCACUACUGCGGCAUAUUGUUGGGGCAGUGGGAGGAAAACGACGAAGUUUGGCAGCAACACGCCGUGCACAACCCUAAAUGUGUAUUUGUAUUAUUAUAUAAAGGGAUGGAAUUUAUUGAAAAUGUAAAAAAUGAAUUAAAUAACAAAAGUAGUGAUAAUAGCGGCAUUCGAGCCUGUAGUUGUAAAUCAGGACCGUAUGAUGUUGAUAAUAAUAAUAAUAAUAGUCAAGCCCAUAUAUGUAAAUCUGAAUCGUUUGAUGUCGUCGGGUGA